CUGUUGCUUGUUUCCCCAGGUGGAGGCGGACGAGUCGCUGAAGGAGCAAAUCAAAAUGGCGAGCCAAGAGGAGUCUGUGAGGGAGUUCGUCGCUGUUACUGAUGUGGAUGAGGAGAGGGCCCGGUUUUUCCUGGAGUCCGCCGGCUGGAAUUUGCAGCUUGCACUCGCCAGUUUCUUUGAGGAUGGAGCUGAUGACGACAUAGUGACGCUCCCUCAGCCUGAAGGAGGCUCCUCGGUGUCCCGGUCUGCAGGGCCAAGCACUCAGCCCAGAGUGACCUCCUUCAGAGAUCUGAUGCAUGAGGCAGAGGAGGAGAGUGAUGAGGAGGAAGGCCAAAGGUUUUUUGCGGGAGGAUCAGAGCGCAGUGGGCAGCAGAUUGUUGGGCCUCCCAAGAAGAAGAGCUCCAAUGAAGUGGUGGAGGAUUUGUUCAAGGGGGCCAGGGAACAUGGAGCUGUGCCUCUGGACCGGACUGGGAAAGGGCCAGGAGAGCUUAGCAAAUCCAAGCCCUUCCUUGGGGGAGGCUACAGGCUAGGUGCAGCUCCUGAGGAAGAGUCAGCUUAUGUGGUUGGCGAGAGGCAAUCCUCCAACAGCCAUCAGGAUGUCCACGUGGUGCUGAAGCUGUGGAAGACAGGUUUUAGUCUGGAUAACGGCGAGCUCAGAAUUUACAGCGAUCCUGGCAAUGCCAACUUCCUUGAGGCAAUCAGAAGGGGAGAGAUUCCCCUUGAGUUGAGGCAGCGAUCUCGAGGGGGUCAGGUGAACCUAGACAUGGAGGACCACAGGGACGAGGACUUCAGCAAACCCAAGGUGGCCUUCAAGGCCUUUGGAGGUGAAGGACAGAAGUUGGGAAGUGCCACUCCAGAGUUGACUUCAACUCCUACCACCUCCCAGCAGGACCAGGCUGCCAACGAGGCCCAAGCCAGCGCCUCUGUGGCCCUCGACCCCUCCCAGCCCGUCACUAACAUUCAGGUCCGACUGGCUGACGGCGGCAGGCUGGUCCAAAGGUUCAACCAUACCCACAGGGUGUCUGACCUGCGGCAGUAUGUGGUGGCGGCCCGGCCCGCCAUGGCCGCCAGGGAGUUCAUCCUCAUGACCACCUUCCCCAACAUGGAGCUGUCAGAUGAGAGCCAGACUCUGCCGGCCAACCUCCUCAACGCCGUCAUCGUCACACGGGCUUAA